AUGGCAGUGAUCGGCGCCCCACUGGACGAGAAGGAGUACAUCGGGUUCGCGACGCUGCCGGAGCAGGUGCACCGCAAGUCGGUGAAGCGCGGCUUCGACUUCACGCUGAUGGUGGUCGGCGAGACCGGCCUCGGCAAGUCCACUCUCAUCAACAGCCUGUUCCUCACCGACCUCUACAAGGACAGGACACUCUCUGACCCCAAGGAACGGGUGAACAAGACGACCAAAAUAGAGAAGCGCACAAUGGAGAUCGAGGAGAAGGGCGUGCGUCUGCGGCUGACGGUCGUCGACACGCCAGGCUUCGGGGACGCCCUGAACUGCGAAGAGAGCUACCGGGCCUGUGAGAAGUACAUCGACGACCAGUUCAACAAGUACUUCCAGGAUGAAAGCGGUCUGAAUCGCAGGAACAUCCAGGAUAACCGGGUACACUGCUGUCUCUACUUCAUCCCGCCAUAUGGCCACGGAUUGCGGCAGUUGGACAUCGAGUUUAUGAGGCGACUCCACAAGAAAGUGAACCUGGUUCCCGUCAUAGCGAAAGCGGACGUGCUGACGAGAAAGGAGACGAAGCGGUUAAAGGAGAACAUGAUGAAGGACAUACGAGACAACCAAAUUGAGAUCUACGAGUUCCCCGAGUGCGACCCGGACGAGGACGCCGAUUUCAAGCGGCAGGACCAGGAGCUGAAGGCCAGCUUUCCGUUCGCCGUCAUCGGCUCCAACACGGUGAUCGACGUGGCUGGCCGGCGAGUGCGCGGCCGCCAGUACCCCUGGGGCGUGGUCGAGGUGGAGAACCACCAGCACUGCGACUUCGUCAAGCUGCGCACCAUGCUCAUCUCCACGCACAUGCACGACCUCAAGGACAUGACGCAGGAAGUGCAGUACGAGAACUUCCGCACCCAGUGCAUCUCGCAGAUUUCUCAGAUGGCGAUGAAGUCGCGCACCAAGCUGAAGCGGGAGUCGCAGACGUUCGGCGACACCGAGCAGAAGGACAAGAUGCUCCAGCAGAAGGACGAGGAGCUUCGUCAGAUGCAGGACAAGCUGCACCAGAUGGAGGAGAGGCUCCGGACACAUCAGUCGAUCGAUCAGAGCAGAGACAGUGUCAUCAACGUGUGAUGUGCAACGGCGGUGUGGCGGCGGGUCGUCACGUGCCAGCGCGCAGC